UAGGGCCAGUUUUGGCGAAACUCACGACUUUCAGUCUCCUGGGUAUAUAAAUCCCGCCCCCUUAUUUAAAAUGAACCCUUCUUUUCUUAAAAAUAGAGAAAGUUAGGGUUUAUAUGAUGAUGAUGUUGCAGACAGCCAGAAGGAGGACCUAUAAGAUAUGGAAUUCUCGUUAUUUGUCUUCUAGAAUACAAUAUCUUCAUCUUCCACAAGACGAAGGAGAUUGGUCUUAUUCUUCUGAAUGGUGGGGAACUGAUUCUUCUUCUCCUGAUGGUGGUCAUACUGUUCUUCGUUCUAAUUCAGACAAAGGAAAUGGUGUUGUCUCCGUCGUUGCAUAUCCUUCUUCCAGACCGGAUGCAGUUGAAUGGACCGGAGUGGAGAAAUGGCUCCAGCAAAGAUUUCAAGAGAUACAACCACAAGAUGAAGACGAUGCAGACUUUAAGGUACUUGGUUACCAGUGGCGCGUCCUUCGCUUUAACGACAUCACUCGCCAAAGUGCCGUUAAGAUAAUGGCUGCAUGCAAGAAGUCGGAUCCUGGAUCAGUGUUUUUUAUGCAGCAACCGCAUAUCUUGGCUGUUCCAUAUAUGAAGAGCAUGGCCACUGUUGGUUUGACCACCGUUGCUUCAUGUAAUUUUGAUCUCAUGGGAGCGGUUUCUGGACGAAAACCUAUGCAUGUUUUAUGUAUUGGUCAUGGUGGUGGAACCUUACCUUUAUUUUUAGCAAGUAAAAUUCCAGGUGCAAUUGUACACAGUGUCGAGAUAGAUCCCCUGGUUGUUUCGGCUUCCAUUCAGGCAAUGGGUUUCCCUGCUUUUUCAAUGAUGAGACCAUCAGGUGAGCGUGUACUCCCCCGUCCCGAAGUAAUUGACGAAGUCCUAUGGAAAGGAACCCAUGAAAGGCUCUCUCUGUACGAAUGUGAUGCAGAGAAUUUCAUCCAAAACAGCACCACUCUCUACGAUCUUGUGUUCAUUGAUGCUUACGAUGGCGAUGACAUAUUUCCUCGUAAAUUUUGGGAUCCCAAUGGUCCAUUUUUAGAAGCUCUUAAAAAUCGCCUUCAUCCUCAGCAUGGUACUGUUGUGGUGAACCUUCACUCUGAUGCUGAUUUCUUUGACCAGGAAAGGAAUGGCAGUCCGUCUUCUGGUGUUGGCAAAUACGUUUCAAAAGUCUGCCGAGCGUACAAGGAUGUUUUGGGUUGGAAUGGAAGUAGUUUUCAUGUAAACGAUUCAGGUUUGGGUUUUAUUGUCUCCGUUCCUUGGCUUUGCAAUACUUCUCUCGUGGUAUGCAGAGGAAGAGGUCUUGGGUUGGAUAAUGAUGUGAAACGAAGCAGGGAUUCAGUUUUAGAAAGACUUCUAUCCAAAUCCUGUGAAGUCGAAAGCAUUCUUAGCUUGCCAUAUUGUUGCUUGGAAUACAUUAAAAGAGGAUUCAUCUUAGUCUAUUAGUUUGUUAGAUACCAUGGGAUGCUCAUUUCGUAGGUAUUCACUACAAGUUGUGAAGAUGAAGUUAAUAGCUCUUUAACCAUGAUCCUGAUCUUUUUCUGACAGAUUUUGAUUUAAUUGAUAAUUGCAUAGUCUCUAAAAUCUGAUUUGGCUCCUUUUAGCUCGGCUGUUACAAUGGAGUUUCAAGGUCUGGUACUCGUAGUGAAGCAAGGUAGGUUUAGAGAGAUCUGCUGCACGGUUUUUUGUUGACAAAUCUAGCCAGCUUGAUUUGAGUUUGUUCUUCUUUGCUGCUGGUACAAUUUUAAGCUUUUGAGAUUCUGCAUUUAUUAAUUUUAAACUUGUAUGGAGGGAGGCAGCCACUGGUAUCAUGUAGGGACUACAAAGAUACUGAUGGAAAGGAUGCAUAUCAUAUCGUUUUUUUUAUACAGAGUUUCUUUUUCUCUC